UUUAUUUACCUAGGUAGUUAAAACUAGGUAACUAUUUGGUAUGACUCUGAAACUGAAUAAACGAAAGGGAAGUAGCUAGUUACUUUUUGAUUGAGAUGCUAAAAUUAUUUACAUAUGUACACACGUGCCAUCCGCCGCUACCUAAAAGGCUGGAUAUGAAGAGGAUUAGGUUCGAAGUUGGACCACUGAAAUGAAAUCACAUUCCACCGAAUUUUAGUCCUUGUGAACAUACUGCCUAUUUGUUACAAAGCCAAAUGCACUUACCAUUUGCCCUUUCUGCUUUUAAAUUUUGGCUCUUUCUGUCCCUUUUUCAACUCCAUGUCCCAUUAAGUAAAGUUCAGCCAAGAAUAAAAGGAAAGUAGACACCAGGAUAGUACUACUACAAUAUUCCUCAUUUGAAGAUCCAAGACAGAUACAUAUAUUCUCCCUCUCUUCCUCCUCUCACUGCACCAAAUGGAAUAUCAAUGUACUCCUCUUGCCUGGGAAUUCUACUACCAAGAAGAGGGGUUAGAAGACUUGAAACAUUCUCUUCUCUACACAACCUUGGAGCUAGAAGCAACAAUUGCAUCAGCUAAGGAGGAGAUUACCAGAAGAGAAUGUGAUUUGAUCCAUGUCAAUGACCUUUUAAGCAGGGUCACCAAGGAGAGAGAUGAAGCUCAAGCAAAAUGCCAGAAGCUAAUGCUGGAAAAACUUGAGCUUCAACAACAACUUCAGCAGAAGCAGCAGAUGGAACAUCAUCAGCACCAGAACCAGCAACAACAACAACUUGGUCAGACAAAUCAAAGAGACACCUCAUCACAGAGUGAAGAGGAGCUGCAAGAAGGGUUCUCUGAAAAGCAUUGUAUGGCAGCAGCUGCUUCUUCUGACUGUGAAGAAAACAGCAUGCCCUCUUCUGGUGGAAGUUCAACCCCACAUCCAACACCACUUCAAGUAGUCCUUGAAUUGGCAGAAAAGAAAGCAUUGCCUGAAAAAGGAAAACUCUUAAAGGCAGUGGUGGAAGCUGGACCACUGCUACAGACCCUUCUCUUGGCUGGACCACUCCCACAGUGGCAGCACCCUCCUCCACAGCUCAACUCCAUUGAGAUCCCUCCUGUGGCAAUUUCACCUCAAGACUCUUCCAAAACCACUUUCCCUUUCAACAACAAGAGGGACCUUCUCCUCUCUCCACCCUCUGAUUGUCCAGUUUCAAAGAGUAGAAAGGUCAUCACUCAGCACUUGCCAACACCUACCACUGCUUCACAUCAUUCCCUAUCACACCCAUCAUUUUCAUAAUGCUUUCUUCUGCAUAACAAAUCACACUCAAACAGGUGUCCAACUGCAUCACCUCACCUUUGUCCUCUUAUCAACAAACUCUGACCUACUUUUCUAUGCUGGGAAAAAAAAAAUAUCUUCAUUUUAGUGUUUAAAAUUUUCUUUUCUCUAAUCUUAUCUUGUUAUGUACAUAUGAGAGCUAAGUUCUCACAAAAUUGAUGGGAAUUAAGUAGCCUCCUCCAUGUUAUGACACAGUUUUGUACUUUGGUAGAUAGAUAUUAGAGGGUGAUGUAAUGUAACCAGGCUUCAAAUGGCUUAAGGCUGUUGUUGUGCUAGUGUUAUUUCUCUUAAUCUUUUGCUUUCUCUCCUUAAUACAGUAAUGAUACUUAGCAAUCA